AUGACUACGUUGCGGGAGUACCAGAUGCAGGAGAGGCAGCUUCGUAGUACGCUGGAGAUGACGAAGAAGUUCGUCGAUGGCUUCAAGGAUGGCGAAGACGAAGCUCAGAUCGACGUGCGGCUGAACAUGCUGGAUGAUGCGUUGGCGAAGUUCUACGUCGUGCGGCGCAAGAUCGACGUCCUCACUGAUGUUUUCGGGGUUGAUGCUGCUGGAAAGGAGAAAACACAGGAUGUAGAGGAGCACACUAAGGCGCUAUGGGAGUUCGAGAACUUGUACUGUGAGUUGAAGGCGAAGUUGCUGGCAAAGCGGAAGGAGGAAACACCCACGCAAGCGGCACCUGCUCAGGCGAAAUCGACUGUUUCGCGCGUGAAGCUUCCCGAAAUCAAGCUGCCGUCGUUUGGAGGAAACAUCACCGAGUGGAUUACUUUUCGGGAUUCCUUCAAGUCACUGAUCCAUAACAGUGAAAACCUUUCAGAUUUCGAUAAGUUUACUUAUCUUCAGUCUUCACUGUUUGGAGAAGCGCUUGCUGAGAUCAGCACAGUGCGCGUGUCGGAUACGAACUACCAGGUGGCGUGGGGCGUGCUGGAGAAUCGCUACGGGAACAUGAAGCUGAUCCUGAAGAGCCAUCUCGACGCCAUCUUUGCUGUUGAGCCCGUACGAGACGAGUGCUUUGAAGCGUUGAACCAUCUGCUGAGCGUGGUGGACAAGAACCUGCAGAUGAUCAACAAGCUCGGGGUGAAGACUGAGGAAUGGUCCAUCCUGCUCGCUCACGUUGUCACUAGCAAGCUGGACGCCGCAACAUUGCGCCAUUGGGAGGAACACAACAAGAAGUCCAAGGAGUUCGUGAAGUACGAGACGCUGCUGGAGUUUCUGCGGGAACAGUGCGGAGUGCUGCAGACGAUCGAUUCCAUGAAGAAAGCUACGAGGAACGAGCGUCGCCCGCCGAAGUACGCGUCAAGUCACGCUGCGUCUGUUGAGCCAAGCGGAUGCUUUUUUUGCAACGGACCUCAGCACAACGUGUUCCAGUGUUUUGUGGUCAAGAAGAUGAGCUGUGCAGAGCGUGUCGCGGUUGCCAGGAGGAAUAUGCUGUGUUUCAACUGUUUGCAGCCUGGUCACGUCGUGGAAAAGUGUACGAGAGGAUUUUGUUCGAUGUGCAAGCGGAAACAUCACACGCUUCUUCACGAGAACUUUGGCCAAAGGUCGAACGCUGCCGCUGCAGGCCCGAACGCGUCGCGACCUCAUUCAGGGAACACACCAUCCACACACUACCCACAACAGAAGACACAAAGCCAAACCCGUCACACACCCACUCAAUCUACACAAAACCCUACACAGACACCAGUCUCGCAAAGCUCACAACCACAAAGCUCACAGCUCGCCACAGGCCACACAGCAGCGUGCAACCUGUCGUCGUCCCUUGUUCCAAGUCGUACGGAGGAGGUUCGAGAAGUGUUGCUGUCCACGGCUGUUGUACGGAUUUGCGAUUCGCGAGGUCACACCCUGUUCGCUCGAGCACUGCUUGACAGUGGCUCCCAGCGAAACCUGAUGACCAAGGAGUUCGCGCGCAAGCUGAAAUGCAAGCCGCAGUCCGACUACCUGCGGGUGAAAGGAAUCGGCGUUGCAGAAUCCACUUCCACUUUGCGGUGA